AUGUUCGGAAUAGAGAGUCCAGGGGAAAGGCGAAGGCCUGGGAAGGCCCUGGAAACCCGGGCGCUGGAGAAAACCCGACGGACUAAGGAUCGAGGCAGAUCCUGUACAGGAGAGAAUCGAGGGCUCCGUGGAGGCCUGGGAACAGUGGACGCAAGAAGGAUCCUGGAGCCGGUGAGGACUUGGAAAGUCUGCGGGAACAAUGGGAGCCCGGAGAAUGUGCGCAUCCAGGACAUCAAGACGGAGAACGGUACGUGUCCCUCGCCGCCCCAGCCCCUGUCCCCGGCUGCCGCCCUAGGCAGCGGCAGCGCCGCCACGGUGCCCAAAAUCGAGAGCCCCGACAGCAGCAGCAGCAGCCUGUCGAGCGGGAGCAGCCCCCAGGGCAGCCUGCCGUCGGCGCGGCCGCUCAGCCUGGACACUGCGGAACCCGCGCCGCCUCCACAGUCCGCACCGCCGCCGCAUCACAGCCAGGGCUUCAGCGUGGACAACAUCAUGACUUCGCUGCGGGGGUCGCCCCAGGGCUCGGCCGCGGAGCUCGGUUCAGGCCUCCUGGCCUCGGCGGCCGCGUCCUCGCGUGCGGGCAUCGCGCCCCCGCUGGCACUGGGCGCCUACUCGCCCGGCCAGAGUUCCCUCUACAGCUCCCCCUGCAGCCAGAGCUCCAGUGCGGGCAGCUCGGGAGGCGGCAGCGGAGGCGGCGGCGGUGGCAAUGCCGGAGGUACUGGGGGCGCGGGCACCUACCACUGCAAUCUUCAGGCCAUGAGCUUGUACGCGGCGGGAGAGCGCGGCGGCCACUUGCAGGGCCCGCCCGGAGGCGCGGGCAGCGCGGCGGUAGACGACCCCCUGCCUGACUACUCGCUGCCCCCAGUCACCAGCAGCAGCACUUCGUCCCUGAGUCACGGAGGGGGUGGCCAGGAGACCAGCCACCACCCAGCUGCCCACCAAGGCCGGCUCACCUCGUGGUACCUGAACCAGGCAGGUGGAGACCUGGGUCACCUGGCGAGCGCGGCGGCGGCUGCGGCGGCCGCGGGCUAUCCUGGGCAGCAGCAGAACUUCCACUCGGUGCGGGAGAUGUUCGAGUCACAGCGGAUAGGGCUGAACAACUCUCCGGUGAAUGGUAAUAGUAGUUGUCAGAUGGCUUUUCCUGCCAGCCAGUCUCUGUACCGCACGUCGGGGGCUUUCGUCUAUGACUGUAGCAAAUUCUGACCCCAUCCCCGGAACCCUCCGAGCCGAAGGGAAUGGAACACCAGAGCAGGAACAGUAAAAAGAACCCAGCAAUGCAAAAUCGAAACUAAAAACAUACAAAUUUUAAAACUUGAGAAAAUUCUUCACACCAGCGAACAGAAUCUCUCCCGAAAUUCAACUCACCAGCUCAAAGAAAACCUAUUUUUCUAAAAGAUUAAUGCAGAGCCUCCUCCACUAUGCCUUAUCUAAGUAAGCAAAACGGUAAACUAUUUUGUACAGACAGCAAAACCAUGGUUUAUUAAAGGACAGGUUACUGCAGAUGCCACGUAAGUUUCCUCUUGCGUUCAGAGACUUUUCUGCUCCUUCGUCUUGUCCCUCUGCCUUGUCUCUCACCUGUAAGAUAAUAUUUUAUCCUAUGUCGAAAGAAGGGGGAAGUCCCUGUUUAUGAAAAUCGCUUUCUUUUUAUUCAUGGACUUGUUUUUAAAUGUAAAUUGCAACAUAGUAAUUUAUUUUUAAUUUGUAGUUGGAUGUUACGGACCAAACACCAAGAAAGUGUUCCAAAGCUUUUAAAGUUAAAUUGCCUGAAACUUUAAAAUGUGCCUUUUCUCUCGUUAUAAAAAGGGAAACUGUAUUAAUCUCAUUCUAUCAUCCUUUUCUUUUUGUUGAUCAUAUCCAUUGUUUGUUUAUGAAUAAAUUGCCAUUCAGUUUGAAUAAGACCAAUAUGUCUGGAUACUUUAAUACAGCAUUAAUAUAAAGAAAAGAUUUCAGAGCAGAAGUUGUAGAGUUCCCUAGCCUCUGCCAGAUCUCUGAAAUGUGGAGAAAACCUCCUCUAGUUCAUGUCAAAUUUCGCUAAAAGCAUUUUUUUGUUUAGUAGAUUUUUUCGACAGCAUUUUUUUUCUUUUCUUUUUUUUUUGCAAAACGUACUAUAUAGUCAGCUUGCUUUGUGGCUAUUAAAAAGGUAAUUUCCUAAACAGAUCUGAGUUGGCAUAUGAACAAAUGCUCCUCAGUAACUACAAAACAUGAUUUGGCAAUUUUAAGUUCAUGAAUCAGCAGCAUGGUUACCACAGUGGUACCUGUGCGCAGAGAUGCAGAUAUGCCUCGAGAUACUCAGAUGAGUAUUGGCUUUUCUGUCCCACACAGAUUGCCGUGAGUAUUAUACAUACCUGUGAGCCAGAUGCCGAAUAGAUUUUUUCUAUUGAUUUCAUUCCUUUAUAAGAGGAAAAUAAACAAGUUUUAAAAUGUAUGUACAUAACUCACCCACAGUUUCAAUUCUUCAUGUAUCAUACAGAAGGAUUUAAUAUAAAUAUAUUGUGGGUUGGAAAUGAAUAUUUAAUCCUGGGGAAACUUUUAGAAGAUAUGUUUGUAGAACAAUUAUUUUUGAACAUUUACAGCAAUAAGCAGAAGGAAGAGUAAGAAGGCAGAAAGAACAUUAGUCUAGGGUGGUUUUCUUUCAAACCAAUUUUUCUUAAUUUACAGUUAAACCUAGGGGGCAAUCUGGACUGGCCCUCCCCCCUUUUGUAAAUAACCCAGGAAAUGUAAUAAAUUCAUUAUCUUAGGGUGAUCUGCCCUGUCAAUCAGACUUGGGGAGAUGGCGGUUUGAUUACAGACAUUCAGGCCUUCAGUUUGUUUUCGAGAUAAAGCAGGUUCCUAUCUGCCGCUCCUAUCUAGAGGCAACACUUAAGCAGUAAUUGCUGUUGCUUGUUGUCAAAAUUUGAUCAUUGUUAAAGGAUUGCUGCAAAUAAAUACACUC